AUGCGAUACAUUCAGACAAUUUUUUGGUGGUGUGCAAUGUUGGGCUCUUCAAUAGCCCAGAAAGAAAGACCGUUUAUGAAACAGUUCGAGGUGAACAUACAGAUAAGGGAGCCGGCAGGAAUCAUGAUCUGGACUAGAGCUAAUCCACUGAUUCAUAAAUUUGGGGUGGAGUUGUUCGUCGGUGAAGCCGCUGCAAAGGAAAUCCUCUCGAUGCCCGAAUAUGAUAGAGAGUUGCAGGACGACACACACGAUAUUGUAGAUGGGAAAUUUAUCAUUCGAGACGACUCCAUGGUAGUGAAAAGAGGCGAAAGAAUCCGUUACCGUUUUUCGGUUCUACACAAGGAAACUCUAUCGCAUAGCAACUUUCGGCAAAUCAUUGUCACAGAUAAUCUGUUCUAUCGGCCGAAGAACAACUAUUGUUUCUCCCAAUGUUUCACCAGCAAUCAGAAUCAAGCUCCGGAAGAAAUCGCACAUGUAAAGGACAUCCUGGAGCAAAAGAUAUUGCAGUGCAUCGGACCGCAAGCUUCGAAGUAUUUGUUCUUUCCGCUGGCGAAUGCAGCAACACUCGUGUCAGAUUCGGAACUGUACGUGAAGUAUCGUCUGUGGCAAGUCGAUGCACUUAAACCACUUAUUAACAACGUGGUCACAACCUAUCUCGCCCUCAAUGGUGUUGGAUUCCAAAUGUACACACUAAUCGAUAAAUUUAAGGUGUUGGAAUUAGGCGAACUAUUUCUGGACGUGGUCGAUUUCGAUACAGUAUCCUGA